CCUCCGCUGUACGGCAGAGUCCAUGCCAAGAUGGCCGCGCCCACAAGCAAUCUCCGCAGGGCGCCGCCAUCGAAGCCCCGGGACCCUCUGAAGCGGCGCUCGGGGUGGCCGCCAUGUCCGCCUCUGACUCCAACCAGGUCCUGACAAAGCCAGAGGCGCUGGGCCGGAGGAGUGCGGGAACAGCCGACAGGACCCGGCGUCCGAGAACCAUGGCUGCAUCCGAGCCCGCGGAUAGCGAUGCGGAAUGGGAACAGCUGGAACCUGUGAAGAGGAACUUAAGCAAUGAUGCAAUGCUAGAGAACUGCAGCAACCCAGCCUCAAUGGGAAAUCAAGAUCCCAAAGAAGGUAUGAUCUCUAAGUUAAAAAAAGAAGAGUCAUCUUUGAGAGAAGCGAAAACACCCAACCCAAGUAAUGUGAACAAAAUAGCACGGCCCAAGAAAGCAGGAACCAAGACAAAAGUCCAACAAGAUGAUGAGCAGAUACAGGAAAAGCAGAAAUCUCAAGGCAAACUUAUUAAGGAAACUACAUUCAAGAAGAAAAGUUCAAGCAGCAAGAACAGCAGCGAGUGUGCUUUGUUGGAGAAAAAAACUGUCAGUACAAAACAUCUUCCUUCAAAAAAAAAGCUUCUGAAAUCUGAUUCACAUGCAAAGAACUCGAAGAAGAAUUUAAACUUUACUGGUGAAAUUAAAAACUCUACAAAAAAGAAACCUGAUACAGCUAAAGAACACAGGAAGUCAUUCAGCCAUACCAUAUCUGAUGCAAGUAAAGAUAAAAUUCUAGCUAGAAAGAAAUGCGAGAAAAUAUCCAACAAAAAGUCACAUGGUAAAGGUGACAAAACUGGCAAGAGAUAUGAGAAAGUAUGCCAUCAACGCUCAUCCCAUGCUAAAGAAGGCAAAAUCCAGACUGAAGAGAAACAAGAAUCGUCUAGCCGUAGUUCAUCUAAUAACCCUGUCAAAUCUCCAACUUCUGGAAAACCCUACGAAUGCAAUCAAUGUGGGAAGGUCCUCAGCCAUAAGCAAGGACUCAUUGACCAUCAAAGAACUCAUACCGGGGAGAAACCAUAUGAAUGUAAUGAGUGUGGGAUAGCUUUUAGCCAAAAGUCCCACCUCGUUGUCCAUCAGAGAACUCACACUGGAGAAAAACCGUAUGAGUGUGUUCAGUGUGGCAAAGCUCAUGGUCACAAACACGCCCUCACUGACCAUCUAAGAAUUCAUACUGGAGAAAAGCCCUAUGAAUGCAAUGAAUGUGGGAAAACCUUUAGACACAGCUCAAACCUUAUGCAACAUGUAAGAUCUCACACAGGUGAGAAGCCUUAUGAAUGUAAGGAGUGUGGCAAAUCCUUUAGAUAUAAUUCAUCUCUUACUGAACAUGUGAGAACGCACACAGGUGAAAUACCAUAUGAAUGCAAUGAAUGUGGCAAAGCUUUCAAGUAUAGUUCAUCCCUGACUAAACACAUGCGAGUUCACACUGGUGAGAAACCAUUUAAAUGUAAUGAAUGUGGGAAGACUUUUAGCAAAAAGUCACACCUGGGUAUACAUCAAAGGACUCAUACAAAGGAGAAACCUUAUAAAUGUGAUGAGUGUGGAAAAGCCUUUGGACAUAGUUCAUCUCUUACUUACCAUAUGAGGACUCACACAGGUGAUUGUCCCUUUGAAUGCAAUCAAUGUGGGAAAGCCUUCAAGCAAAUUGAAGGCCUUACUCAACAUCAGAGAGUUCAUACUGGGGAGAAACCCUAUGAAUGUGCUGAAUGUGGGAAAGCCUUUAGUCAAAAGUCACACCUCAUUGUCCAUCAGCGAACUCACACGGGGGAGAAGCCCUUUGAAUGCUAUGAGUGUGGAAAAGCAUUCACUGCAAAGUCACAACUUGUUAUACAUCAGAGAUCCCACACUGGAGAGAAACCCUAUGAAUGUAAUGAGUGUGGUAAAGCCUUCAAACAGAAUGCCUCUCUUACCAAACAUAUGAAAGUUCACUCAGAAGAGCAAUCUCAUGAGGAAAAUUAAUGUAGGAAGUCUCACAACUGACUGUUUUGAUCCUGUUUAACUUUAAAGGAUGUUCUCAACAUGAUGAAUGUCAAAAAAAUCUUUUUAAGCACAUCAUUCAUCGUAUAAGAGAGAAUUUGAAUAUGGAUCUUUACAUACAAGCAAUGAAUGAUAAUAAAAUGUAAGCUUGAUCCUAAACCUUUACAAAAAUACUGUAUUUUUACACUUGUUAUGAAUUAACUCCAUAUUUAGAACAAAAUAUGAAACUAAAAAUUGUGAAUAAGGAAGGAUCUGGGAAGAUAGCUAAAUCAAUAAAAUUCUUCCUAAGUAAGUAUAUGGACCUGAAUUCCAUCCGCAGGAUGCGUGUAAAAAACUAGAUGUGGUGAUGUGUGCUGCAAUCUCAGAAUUUGGGAAGUUGAGAUAGGAGAGUCCCUGAGCCUAGCUGACCAGUCAAAAAAGCCUAAUCUGCAAGCCCUAUGUCACAGGGAGCAGCAACUCUAUUUUAAAACAAGGUACAAGGCUCCUGAGAACAAUACUCAAGGUUCACAUUUGGCCUGCACAUGUGCACCCACACACAUGACAACACUAACACAGUGUGACAAUAGUAUAACAACAAAUUCACUAAGUGUUUGGAUGUUGUGUACUUAAGCAGCACAGUUAGUGUUUAAUCUGCAUUUAUGCUUAUUGCACACUUACUGCCUGGUGUAUAAGUGUAGUCAUCCCCACUGGUAUCAUCUAGCUUUCUUUGUUAAUGUCUGUGUUAGUUCUAAAUCAGUAGAAAACUUUCUGGGCUUCUGAGACAGCAUCUUACUGUGCAGGUCUGGCUCCCAGGAACUUGCUAUGUAGACCAGAAUGACCUUGAACUAACAGAGUGCUGGGAUUAAUGGAUUAAAUAGAAAACUUCGAGGGGUUUUGUCCAGAUGUUGUUAAGAGUAACUCAAAAUGCUGAAAAAUGUGCUGGUAGAGAAUGGUACUCAAGCUAUAUUGCUAAGUGUAGAAAAGUGGAUUAUUGGACAGUGUAUAUAGUAUGUUCUCAUUGUGGACAAAGAGUGUGUGUGUUUGCCUCUGUCUUUUUCUGCCUCUCUGUGUACAUAUGUAUGUAUUUAUACUCAUAUAUUUGUAUAUGAAUAGACUUGUGCUUUCUUUAAUCUAGAGGAAACUUUAGUGGUUAGCACUGAACAUAGAAGUACAGGAUUGAGGUCUGACAUUUUUAUCAUGUACAUGUGUUUUAUUCAAAUAUAUAUUAAAAUACUUUUAUAUGCACAAAUGAACAAGUUUAAAAAUACAGCUGAGUCUGUUACACAGUGUUGUUUGAUAAAGUAACAUAAGGUGUCUUUAUUUUGUGGGGGGAUUUUGUUUGUUUGUUUUUCAAGACAGGGUUUCUCUGUGGCUUUGGAGGCUGUCCUGGAACUAGCUCUUGUUGACCAAGCUGUUCUCAAACUCACAGAGAUCCGCCUGCCUCUGCCUCUGAGUGCUGGGAUUAAAGGCAUGGACCACCACUGCCCUGCAUAACAUAAGGUUUCUAUGCUCAUUUAUGUACAAUGAAUUUAAGGUACAUGGCACUAAACCUUAUUGAAUUUGCAAAGAUUUUCCUAUUGAACACAGGAUUUGCUAACAUGUGAUUCACAACUGUAACAAUACUUUAUUUCUCAUUUGCUGUUAAACUGAAGAUGAAUUCUGCUUGCAGAUGAAUAAAAGUGGUAUUUUGAACCAUCA